UCUACAAUCUCCAUCAUUAUGUUCCACUUAACUCUUGUGGGCUUCCUUCUUGGUGCUGUCACUCUCGGUGCAGCAGACGAUACCUGGGGUCUUUCCUUCUACAGUGAUGGUGCUUGCGGAAACUCUCCCGCCUCAUUUGGAGAUAGCACGACAUGGGGUUGCUACAAUUUGGAUAGCGAGGUUGAGCUGCAGUCUUUUGAGUGGCAGGCUGAUGACUGCAAAUUUUCUGCUGAGGUCUUUUUUGAAGAGAACUGCGGAGGAGACAAUCAGCUAGCAAUGUCCUAUGUGUGCUCCAGCGCCAAUGUCUUGCGGGGAAACACGUUCUCGUCUUUUGUUAUUGGAGGUCCUCUCGCCCACAAUUGUUAAUGGUCGUGUCUCUGUCGGUAUAUUAUAGCUUACGCAGGGCCUCUAUCGUUAGAUUCUGAGGACACUUAGAGGUUGUUAUUUUCCAGAAAGCAUAUUUAUUCCGUGGUUACCACAAGAUGGAUAGGUUCGAAG